AUGGUGGUUUUCACUACACAGAGGCACUUCAAGAAACCAUUGACAGCUAACAGCGUCUGUCACGACGUUGUAUCUAGGGGAGGAGCCUUAAGAGUGACAUGUGCGUAUAGAUCCGUAUCUGAUCCGGCGGUGUUGGUCAUAGCGGGAUGUAUUCCCAUUGACCUUCUUGCCGCCGAGAGCAAAAGGAUAUACAAGGCCAAAAGGAUAUACGAGGCGGAAAGGACGAGCAAUGACAAAAACAUCGCGACCCAAGAGAGGCAACAAAUGCUUCUGAAUUUUGAGGAGCAGAGGCAAGCAGAGAACGUGGUUAGGUUGAAUGCCAGGAUAAUAGGCGAAGUGAAACCGUGGUUCAACAGGGGAUAUGGGGAUGUGAACAACCACAUUACCCAGUUCCUCUCUGGUUAA